AUGAAUCUCUUCAACAAAGGUGCCAGCUUCUUGUUCCUCAUCUUAUUCUUGAUUAUCAUCUUAUCGCUAGAGCAUGCACCCACAACUUCUGCAAGACUCCAAGCAUUAUCUGUGCAAGAAAAAUUCUAUUUCUUUCCAAUCGGCACGAAGGUCCAAAUCUACAACAAUGCAGGGGAGGGUGAAAACGUGACUGUCCAUUGUAAAUCAAAAGACAAUGAUUUAGGGACGAAUGUGCUGCAAGCCGACCAGUCCUUCCAAUGGAAGUUUCUUGUUAACUUCGUCGAAACUACCCUUUUCUUCUACAGCUUUACAUGGAGAAGGAACACAGGCGUUUAUGACACCUAUACAGCGAAGAGAGACUUGAAAAAAAGGUGCCCAACAAAAUGCAUCUGGAAAGUUUUUCAGAAUGGUGUUCAUGGCUUCCGAGAAAGGACUGGAAAGGAAGAUCUCUAUUUCAGGUGGAAUAAAACCUAUGUUUAA